CAGCUGCCGCAUCCUUACUGAUGGCGACUUCGGCUCUGUGCGGUUCGUGUCAGAGCCCUUCCGGGCUCCCUGGAGACCCCUCUUCGCAAAAAGAAGAAGAGGAUGGUUAUCGUGAAGAUAGGGCCAGCGACUCAAGUUCCUAUUCGUCUGCGAGUAGCGAUUACGAUGAUCUUGAGCCUGAAUGGCUGGACAGCGUGCAGAAAAAUGGAGAGCUAUUUUAUUUGGAACUGAGUGAGGACGAAGAAGAAAGCCUCCUUCCUGAGACACCUGUUGUGAAUCACGUCAGGUUCAGUGAAAAUGAGAUUAUUAUUGAAGAGGAUGAUUACAAAGAAGGAAAAAAGUAUGAACCCAAACUCAAGCGGUUUACCAAAAUUUUAAGAAGCAGAAGACUUUUACCCAAGCGCCAUAAUAAAAAAAAGAGCAAUGAUAGUGGGCCGGUCUCCAUUCUAAAGCAUCAGUCCAAUCAGAAAACAGGAGUCAUUGUUCAGCAGAGGUACAAAGAUGUGACUGUCUAUGUAAACCCCAAAAAGCUAACAGUCACCAAAGCCAAAGAGCAGCUCAAGCUUCUGGAAGUGCUGGUUGGGAUCAUCCAUCAGACCAAGUGGAGCUGGAGAAGAACUGGGAAGCAGGCCGGUGGGGAGAGGCUGGUGGUCCAUGGCCUGCUGCCAGGAGGAUCAGCCAUGAAGAGUGGUCAGGUGUUAAUUGGUGAUGUCCUUGUUGCUGUGAACGAUGUUGAUGUGACCUCUGAGAACAUAGAGAGAGUUCUGUCCUGCAUUCCUGGGCCUACGCAGGUGAAGCUGACAUUAGAAAAUGCAUAUGCUGUGAAAAAGGAAACGACUCAACCAAGACAGAAAAAUGCACAAUCGAAAACAGAAGGUGAUUUAGUCAAACUUCUAUGGGGAGAAGAGAUUGAAGGUAACCAGCAGAAUGUGCUAAACACCCCUCACGUGGUUAUGUAUCUCACUCUAGAGCUGGACUCCGAGACCUCAAAGGAGGAGCAAGAAAUUCUUUAUCAUUACCCAGUGUCUGAUGCAUCUCAGAAACUUAAAAGUGUGAGAGGGAUAUUUCUCACGCUGUGUGACAUGCUGGAAAAUGUAACUGGGACACAAGUUACUAGCUCGUCCCUUCUUUUAAAUGGGAAACAAACUCAUGUGGCUUAUUGGAAAGAAUCUGACAAGUUGUUGUUAAUUGGCCUGCCUGCUGAAGAAGUUCCUCUUCCUCAGCUAAGGAAUAUGAUAGAAAAUGUUGCCCAAACCUUAAAAUUUAUGUAUGGUUCUUUAGAUAGUGCCUUUUGCCAGGUUGAGAAUGCUCCUCGGUUGGAUCAUUUUUUUGAACUGUUCUUUCUAAGAGCCCUCCAGCCUGCCAAGCUGCACGGCAGGGCCAGUCCCAGUGCCCAGCAGUACGAGGCCUCCAGUGCAGUUCUUUUAGACAAUCUCCCUGGAGUGCGGUGGCUCACACUUCCACAGGAAAUCAAGAUGGAAUUAGACACAGCAUUGAGUGACUUGGAGGCUGCAGAUUUUGCAGAACUGUCUGAGGAUUACUAUGACAUGAGGCGGCUGUAUACGAUUUUAGGGUCUUCUUUGUUUUACAAGGGUUAUUUGAUAUGCAGUCAUUUGCCUAAGGAUGAUCUUAUUGAUAUUGCCGUAUAUUGUCGCCACUAUGGCCUACUGCCUUUAGCAGCAAAACAAAGAAUUGGUCAGUUGGUAAUAUGGAGAGAAGUGUUUCCUCGACAUCACCUCCAACCUUCUACAGAUUCAAACACUGAAGUCUUUCAGGAACCUGAAGGGAGAUAUUUUUUGCUAAUUGUUGGCUGGAGGCAUUAUAUGUUAUGUGUACUAUUAGAAGCUGGAGGCUGCUCAUCCAAAGCUAUUGGGAACCCUGGACCAGACUGUAUAUAUGUGGAUCAGGGCAAAACAACUCUUCAACAGCUGGAAGGAGUAGGUGGCCGCAUAAAUGAACGGCUGGCAUCUUCUCCAAGCCCCUGCUUAUCUUGUGCUGACUGGUUCCUUGCUGGAUCACAUGAAAAAUUAGAUUGUUUGACAACCUCUCCUAUCCUCAGUAGGCUACAAGGUAUUUCCAAAGCAGCAACCUCUCCAACCUGCAGAAGAACUCUUUUUGGUGACUAUUCCUUAAAAACACGUAAGCCCAGUCCUUCCCGAAGCAGUGGAGGAUCUGACAGUGGUUGUGAAGGUGGAGAAGGUGUUGGCCCGAGCCCCCACACUACACCAGAUGCAGUACGGAGGCAAAAAGAAUCCGAUGGCUUGGAAGAAAGUGGGGCCUUGCUUAAGGUCAGCAAAAAGAAGUCUACUCUUCCAAAUCCAUUUCAUUUGGGAAACUUGAAAAAGGAACUUUCCGAGAAAGAAUUGGAAGUAUAUAACACAUUGAAAUUGACAUCUGGUCCUGAGAACACACUUUUCCACUAUGUUGCUUUAGAAACAGUGCAAGGGAUCUUUAUUACUCCUACCCAUGAAGAAGUGGCCCAGCUAAGCGGCUCUAUCCACCCUCAGCUAAUAAAGAAUUUCCAUCAGUGUUGUCUCUCCAUUCGUGCAGUUUUUCAACAGACCUUGAUGGAAGAGAAAAAGAAAGCACUAAACACUGCAGAUCACUCAGGUUCUACAAAUUUGGUCUCUUCUCUAAACCCUGUGAAAGAACAUGGAGUGUUGUUUGAAUGCUCACCUGAAAACUGGACUGACCAGAGAAAAGCACCACCAGUUAUGGCUUAUUGGGUAGUAGGGAGACUCUUUCUUCAUCCCAAAGUUCAAGAACUUUAUGUCUGUUUUCAUGACUCAGUUACAGAAAUUGCCAUUGAAAUGGCUUUUAAGUUGUUCUUUGGAUUGACCUUGUAACUGUUUUCUUGCUACACAGCACACUGUACAAUAAGAAGCACUGAGCAGUGUUAGGAUUGCUGAAAUCCAUACACAGAAGAUACAGUUUAGUUUCUUUUCACUGAACUUAAUAUUGUUAAAUAUUGAGAUCGUAUGCUGUUGGAUUUGAUGCACUAGAUCUUAAUUAGUAUUGUGAGACUUUUGAAAAGAUACUUGAUCAAAAUAUGAAGAAGGAGUUGUUAACUUAUUUCCAUUUUGGUAUAUAACAUUAAUUUAUUGACUAGUUUGAAAUAAUGUGAAGUGUUUUAUGUAAAAUUAAUAUAGAAAUAUUUAUCUUG